ACCGCCCACUCUCAGACCGCCCACUCUCAGACCCGCCCAUCCUCAGACCCGCCCAUCCUCAAACCCGCCCAUCCUCAGACCCGCCCAUUCCCAGACCCGCCCAUCCUCAAACCCGCCCAUCCUCAGACCCGCCCAUCCUCAAACCCGCCCAUCCUCAAACCCGCCCAUCCUCAGACCCGCCCAUUCCCAGACCCGCCCAUCCUCAAACCCGCCCAUCCUCAGACCCGCCCAUCCUCAGACCCACCCACUCUCAAACCCACCCAUUCUCAAACCCGCCCAUUCUCGCCCCCCAUCCCCCUUCUCACGCCCACGCCCCCUGACACACCCACGGUAAUCCCGCCCGCA